UUUAACUGAUCUCUCCUACCCAGGUCAUGUCUCUAAAUACACUGCAGAUACCAUCCUGUCCACACUGUCCCUCCCUCCAAAAAUGAGAGUUGUUAUUAACUACGAGCCAGACAACUCUGACAAUGGGAGGCAAUACUCAGAUGAAGAUGAAUGCAUAGAUAAUGGGGUAUGUGAAAAUGAAGACCACAAUGAAAUCCUGGAUGAAAGCACUSAUAGAUGUUUGGAGGAUCUAGGACUGUCAACAUCAGAGCAACAGCAACAGGAGGGUCUGCCACCUGCAGAGACCUCAGUGUUGGUUACUCCAGUACCCUGUGAUGAAUUGAACUUGGAUCGUUCUCUCAACGUAAUGGUGAAUGCUGACGAGCCAUCCCAGGUUCUUACCUGCACUGGCCAACCUCUGCAAGGACAUCAAGACGACCAAGUAGAAAAGGACAGCAAGCAGGUUGACAAGAAAGAAGAGGUGGUCAGAAAGGGAGACAAAAAGAAGGUGGUCAAAAAGGUUGACAAGAAACAAGAGCGAUCCCCUGCACCCCAAAACAGGACUCAUACAUGUGAGUGUGGGAAGGUUUUCAAAAAACCAUCACUGCUGACGCUACAUAUGGGAGUUCACACGAUGCCAUAUCAUUGUGACCAGUGUCCCAAACGAUAUGCUACUCCUGGGGCUCUGAAAAAACACCAGUUACUUCACACAGAAGAAAGAAUAUUUGCAUGUGAACGCUGUGACCGGAGGUACAGGAGUGCAUAUGAUCUCAAAGUGCACGUACGCAUUCACUCUGGGGAGCGCCGUCACAUGUGUACUAUCUGUGGUAAGAGGUUUACCCAGCAGUGUGCAGUAGUGAGACACAUGCGAAUGCAUGCUGGGGAGAAUAAUUAUUUAUGUAGCAAAUGUGGUAAGGCAUUUCUUAGCUCCGGAGAAGUGCGGCUGCAUACACGAACGCACACAGGAGAAAACCCCCACACCUGUAAACAUUGUGGAAAGGGUUUCAAAGCAUCUUGCCAUCUUACGGUUCAUCUGCGAUCUCACACAGGUGAGUGUCCUUACAUCUGCACCCAAUCCAAAUCUUUCACUACUUCAGACUCUCUUAGAAAGCACAUAUAUACUCACACUGGGGAGAAACCUCACCAGUGCUCAGAGUGUGGGAAAACAUUUACUCAAAGGUGUAAUAUGGUAAAUCAUAUGAGAAGAGUUUAAACUGGUUAAGAUUCUCCAAAAGCACUCCAACAGAAAGAAACACAGAACGUUUAUUUCAAACUCAAAGCAUUUUUACAAGACUAUGUAAUAGGUAAUUCCAAUCGAAAUAUUGAUUGGAAUUAUUGAGACAAGAAAUUCCAUGUAUAAUCCUGUUUUAAAUACAUGGUUUUACAGGUCCUCUUUUGUAUAUCAGAUUAUCAUAUCAAAACAUGUUUUCCAUUAAACUUCAAAUCAAGGUUUGUCACAUCUACACAUGAUAUUCGCACUGCAAAUAAUGAUUAGAAGUGGGAUGAUGAUGACAUUUACACAAUUUAAACUGUUUGACCAACCAGAUUCCUUAACACUUGUAAGAUAUGCAUAUACAAAGUAUCCCGACUACCUCCAGAGGUCUUCAGGAAGAUUUGAUCACACUCAGUUCACUAUGCGUCAAUUGAAUUGGCUACAUGAGUUUAUUUCCAAAAUGCUAUAUCCACCAAUUUUUCACAUUGGUAUUUUUUCACCUGAAAUUAUUGCUUGUGGGUAGCUUCAUGCUUGUGUCAAAUAUAACUGUUCUCAUAUUAUUCGUAGAUUUUAGAUGUAUAUUAAAACUAUAUAUUUUUUAAUGCAAAACACUAUA